UCGCCGGUACGAGGAUUUUUCGUACCAGAAGACGCUAAGCUGUUAGUCGGUAGCGUUUAGCAGUCCCGGUACUACUCCCACCCAAGAACAAGACAGAGCGACGGGUAGAUUGAGAAAGGUACUCACCCUAAUCACACUCAUCAAGCUGGUUCAUUCAUAGAUUCCCCGCUUAUUUCGAAAUAGUGUUUUCGAUCUCAAUUAUCGAUCAGUUGCGAAUCGGAUGUUGUGUUUGGUGUAUGCAAUUUUGUGAUUGGUUUAUCAACAACAGUCUGGCAGUUGGUUUAUGUUACUUGUUCAUGGAUAAUUUGCGGCAAAGCAACUGACAAGAUGAUAUUCAGGCCUUGGAGUCUAGUUGCAGUCACUCUAUAUGCAUUACACACUAUGGCUGUUGAUCCCACAGUUUCAGACAUUUCAAAGGACACAGUGAGAAAAAUAUCCAGAAAUUCUGAGCCAAUGAGACAAGCAAUUGAGAAAAUCGCUAGUGAAGAUGUAGUAUUUUCCUGUUUGGACGAUGAGAGUGUCGAAUGGAGAUAUCGAUCUGCCAAUAGUACUGAAUUUAAAGCGAUGUCAACAGCUGAAAAUUUCGGGAUAAAAAACUUAACAGUGAAAGACGAAGGAGUAUAUGCUUGCUACUCACAAGGGAAAUUCAUUGCUGAGUACAAUCUAACAGUGCUGGAACCUGCACAUUUUGUUAAUGCUGGAAAAAUGCCAAGAAUUGUGGUUAAACCCGCGGGAAAUAUGGCACAACUGAAGUGCCGUGCAGGAGGGAAUCCCACUCCAAAUAUUACGUGGUACAAAAAUGGAAGAGAACCGAAAAGGCAUUAUGGGGAAUACAGACAAAAUCAUUGGUCGUUGCUGAUGGAAGAUUUGGUUACUGAUGAUACUGGAAACUAUACUUGUGUCGUAUGUAAUCCACUAGCCUGUGUGAAUUUCACCUACGUAAUGGAUGUGGUCGAGCGAUUUCCACAUAAGCCUUACAUUAAGGACGGUUUUCCAGCCAACGUUACUGCGUUGGUUAACUCAACCGUUCAAUUGCUUUGCCCUCAAUUGGUUGCUGACUUGGAACCGUUUGUAGAAUGGGUUUUUUUCAAUUCCUCGCACGAUUUUCAAAACGAUACUCGUUUAGAAGGUAGAAAGCUGAAAAACACCCUUAAACCGGAGGAAUUAGAAAUCAGCAACGUAACUUACGAUGAUGAAGGGUGGUAUGUGUGCAUAGCAGCUAACAGCUUAGGUCGUACCACAGCUAAAGCCUAUUUAUCAGUUGUUGAUGUACUUUCAGAUCCUCAAGAGUCAAAGCCGAGCACCUUAAAAAUAGGAUUAAUAAUAGCAGCAGUAACAGCGUGCGUAUUUCUGCUGCUUUUCUACAUUUGCAUUUAUUACAGGCAAAAAAUCAAACGAGAAAAAAGACAAAAAAUGAUCGCCAUCGAAUCGGCAAGGUCUGCCAUGAUAACUCAGUGGACCAAGAAAGUGAUAAUCGAAAAAAUGAGUAAUGCAGAGGACGUGUCAGAGCCUCUGUUAAUGCCAGUAGUCAAAAUCGAGAAGCAGAAAGCGCAACUAAACAACUCAGGAGAUAAUUUGCUUUCUGAGUAUGAGCUACCAAUGGAUUCCGACUGGGAAAUACCCAGAGAUAAGCUAAUUAUGGGCAAAAAUCUAGGCGAAGGAGCAUUUGGAACAGUGGUAAAGGCUGAAGCUAUCAAUCUAUUGAAGCCCGAAAGCCGAGUAACUGUUGCAGUAAAAAUGUUGAAAGAUGGUCACAGUGAUAAUGAGAUGAUGGAUCUGGUAUCAGAAAUGGAAAUGAUGAAAGUAAUCGGGAAAAACAUAAACAUAAUAAACCUGAUAGGCUGCUGCACCCAAGGAGGUCCCUUAUACGUUGUUGUUGAAUAUGCGCCGUUUGGGAACUUGAAAGAUUUUCUGAGAGAGCAUCGACCAUCCUCUGGAUACGAAAUUGCCGUAGGCACUGAGCAGAAGGAGAAGAAAACUUUAACUCAAAAAGACCUGGUUUCCUUUGCCUACCAAGUGGCUAGGGGUAUGGAUUAUUUAUCUUCCAGAAGGUGCAUUCACAGAGACUUGGCAGCCCGAAACGUCUUGGUUAGCGAUGAUUAUGUCUUAAAAAUCGCAGACUUUGGGUUAGCCAGAGACAUCCAUUGCAACGACUAUUACAGGAAGAAGAGCGAUGGGCGUUUGCCUGUUAAAUGGAUGGCUCCGGAAGCUCUUUUCCAUAGGGUUUACACUACGCAGUCCGACGUGUGGUCCUAUGGAAUUCUUUUGUGGGAAAUAAUGACUUUGGGAGGUACUCCCUAUCCGUCCGUACCGAGUGUGGAAAAACUUUUCCAGCUUUUGAGGAACGGUCUUAGAAUGGAGAAGCCUCCGUGCUGCUCUAUGGACAUUUACUUACUAAUGCGCGCAUGCUGGGGUUAUGAGCCAAGCAAACGACCAGUAUUUUCCGGAUUGGUUGAAGAGCUGGAUCGCAUUCUUACCAUUACUGCUAACGAGGAAUAUCUCGAUUUAGGUCUCCCACAGCUGGACACGCCUACGUCUAGUGAAGAGUCCAGCUGUGAUGAAGAUUUUCCAUUUCCCCAGUGAGUUUUAUCAUGGAAAUUUCGGCUUAUUGUCAUUUAGAGAUGAGAUAUAGGAGACAGGAGAAAGUACCUUCUCUUAGAGCUAUGAGAUGAGUGAUUAAGGGCAUUAUUUGUAGUUAUUGUUGGUUAUUUUCUAUGCGUAGUCUCUAGGGAAGUUUAGGAGCAAUGACGUGAAUUUAAGAGAAGUGGAUUUUGUAACAACAGCUAUUGUCUGGCAGUAAUGUACAUAAAUCGUCGUGUGUAAAAAAAUGUCGGAGGUGUUGUUGCCAAUUUUGCGGUCAAGCGCUUGACUCUCACAUACUUUUAGGGAUACUGAGGAUGUACAACUAGGUCUAAAAGCAAUUUUAGCAUAUUAAUUCGAUUUUAUCUAAGUGUAUUUAUAUAAUUGCUCUUCAAAUAAGUGUACUAGACAUUUGAGACCUUCCACCCAAAAUCUGUGGAAGACGAAUUAAACAUGCCUUAAUCUCAUGCAUUCGAAUAAGUCGCUUUGAAAUUACUAAUGAGCCAAAUAAACAAAUAUAAGAAAACAUUGUCAUUAAUAUUGAAUCAACAUUUUUUAAUAUUAUUUGACCAAGUAACUCUCAAGAACUAUUUUCAACAACUAUUAGGGCAUUCAUUGGAAAAUAUAGUUACAUUGUUUUGAUAGGAAGGCUCUGAAAUUUCAAGCGGAAAGAACAAGUCGCCCUCUUCUUGUAAUAGCAGAAAUGUUUGAGGUAACAUAACAUGACUGAAAAAUAUGCAUUCUACAUUUUAUUUUCCGUGAAAAUAACGCAGACGCUUUAAUUUAAUUGGCGAAAUGUGUGGAAGCUUUCCAGACUGAGCCAAAAGGGCUCAAGUGGUUUUAAAUUGAAGUUUGAUCUUAGUUUAGAGAAGGCACGGUAUUUACUUUGCCAAUGCUUUUAUUAGCAUGAUUUUUUCUCAAAUAAUUUGUGCAAUUAACCAAAGAACCCGCUUGUUGAAUUGGGCACCUACUGAGGGCUUUGGAAAUGAGGAAGACUGUGCAAGAUUUUUAGUUUAAGUGUAAUAUAAAUUUACCUUAA